AUGGGCGACGACGGCACAAAACUGCUUCAGCAGAGGUUGGCCGAACGAACUCGCGAACAUAAAGCAACGCGCGAAGCAGUCCUAGAGAGCAAGUUUUGUAAGCCGCCUGCUCCUAUGUCAUCCAAGAAAGACAAACUGGUGCACAACUUGUCGUCAAAGGAGCUGACGGAGGAACAAAUGCAGGUUUUACGGCAUGAGGCCUCAUUCAACACAGCCGAUGCCAAACCUGCCAACAUGAUCGCAGCAGUGGGUUCAAUCCUCAGCCAGACGGGAGCGACAGACGAAACGAAGAACCUCAUUCGACACCAAGCGUCCUCCCUCUUUAUGCCUCAUAGGCCGCGCGACGUGCUUUCCAAGGUCGAGCGUGAUGCAAUUAAGAAACUCAGGGCCGACAACGACCUCGUUAUCGUGCCUGCGGACAAGGGGUGUUCAACGGUCGUAUUGGACAGGAGACAAUACAAUCAAAAAGCCAAAAGCAUGUUGGAGGAUCGUCAGUCCUAUGUCCCAUGCGAAUCCAACCCCAUGAAAACGCUGACACGCGAGAUUAACGCGACGCUGUUGGCAAUGGAGAACUCAGGUGCAAUAUCGCGAAUCGACCGACGCAUGGCGAGAGCACAAGAAACGGCCCUAGCCCGAUUCUACGGUCUCCCAAAAGUGCACAAAAGAGGGCGCUCCUCUCCGGCCUAUCGUAUCACUAAAGGGCACUCCAGCCUACGGACUGGCAAAGUGGCUGUUCCAACGUCUCAAGUUUCUGACCUCCGGUUCGAACACCACAGUCAUCUCGUCAACGCAAUUCUUGGAGAAAUUUAA